UUCCAAUUUCACUCUCCCUAUAUAAUUAUAUACCUCUCCAACCCAAACUCAGAGUCUAACAUAAAUUAUCAUCACCCAGAUACAAAAUUAAGAUAAAACAACACUGCAACAAUGGAUCAAGCACUCACAACAGGCUUUCGUUUCUACCCAACUGAAGAAGAACUCGUCUCUUUCUACCUCCUCAACAAGCUCGAAUCCAAGCACCAAGACAGCAUUCGCCGCGUCAUUCCAGACCUUGACAUUUACAGCAUCGAGCCAUGGGAGCUCCCAAAGUAUGCAGCGGAGCUGUGCCGUGGAGACACCGAGCAGUGGUUCUUCUUUACGCCGAGGCAGCAACGAGAAGUGCAAGGUGGGAGACCUAACCGGACUACGGCUUCCGGCUACUGGAAGGCAACUGGCUCGCCUGGCUAUGUUUACUCCUCGGAUAAUCGGGUCAUUGGAGUGAAGAAAACCAUGGUUUUCUACAAAGGGAAAGCUCCGACGGGAAGAAAGACCAAGUGGAAGAUGAAUGAGUACAGAGCCAUUGAAGAAACAGCAGCUCCCUCAGCUACCACUAGUAAUAGUGCUAGUACUGCUAUCAUUCCCAAGUUGAGGCAUGAAUUCCGACUGUGCCGGGUGUACAUAGUAUCGGGGAGUUCUCGAGCAUUUGACAGGCGCCCGCUGGAAGGAAGCGGAGACGCAUCACAUCGACGAAGUGAUUUAACGGGGGCAAGUGCUUCUUCAUCUCACCAGGCAGCAAUGGUAGCAGAGAAAACAAGCUCAUCGUCGGAUACUCAUUCAAAUUCAGGAGACCUAGCUGAUUUCCAAGCAGAGAAUAAUAAUGAUUGGGAAAUGAAUGAUGAUCUUCAACAACCUCUAUGGGAAUGGGAGCAGCUAAACUUACUCUGAAGCCAGCAUUCAGAAUUCGAUAACACUCACGUGUACGUCUGAGUAUUGAAUGAAUCGUAUUCAAAGUUUAAAUAUGACAAGUUCGAUGCAGAAAAGUUCAGACCUACAAUUAUGAUCGUGCUCUAAGUUCAACAAAUGUUCAAUUUGAAGGAGCGAUUAAUGAUAGGCAUAACUUAAUUUAGGUGUAAUUACUUUUCAAUUAUUUUUUAUCGUAAUUUAAGUGUAAUUAAUUUUUAAUA